UCACCUGCGACGGCCACCUGGUCCAGCACCUGGGCUGUGAGCGGCGUGAUCGUUGUGGAGUCAGUCGAGUACAGAUGUGGACAACAAGAACAGAGCUCUCAGCAUGACAAACUGAAGGUCAUCAAGAAGAGCUGUGACGGAAAGAAAACGUGUGACAUAGACAUCCAAAUCUUUGGUACUCCUGAUCCCGGCACCUGCAAAUACCUGGACACCACCUUUGCCUGCUUCCCAGCAGUCCACAGCACAGCGUGUGAAGGAUCCACAGCAAACCUUCGGUGUGAUGAAGGAGAGGUUAGUGUCGUCUACUGGGCUGACUACGGGCGCCGCGAUACGACCACUUGCUCUCAGAGUCGCCCAACCCACGAGAUCCAGAACUCCCAAUGCCCCAAUCCCACCACUAAAGUGGCUGACAGCUGUAACGGGAAAAGCAGCUGCACUAUCGAAGCGAGCAACUCGGUGUUUGGAGACCCGUGUCCAGGCACCUACAAGUACCUGGACGUGGUCUACGACUGUGAGCUGCACACCGUGGCAUGUGAAGGAUCUCAGGCAAACCUUCAUUGUGAUGACGGACACGUCAUCGCCGUCCACUGGGCUAAUUACGGACGCCGCGAUACGAGCACGUGCUCUUACCAACGUCCAGAAUGUGAGGUCCAAAAUGCCCAAUGCGCCAAUCCCACGUCUAAAGUAGCUGACAGCUGUAACGGGAAAAGCAGCUGCACUAUCGAAGCGAGCAACACAGAGUUCGGAGACCCGUGUCCAGGCACCUACAAGUACCUGGAGGUGGCUUACGACUGUCCGUUCCACAGUAUCACAUGUGAACAUUCUUAUGCAAACCUUCAUUGUGAUGAAGGACACGUCAUCGUCGUCCUGUCGGCUGAAUACGGCCGCAAUGACUCGACCAUGUGCUCUUACAAACGUCCUCCCGCUCAGCCCAAAAACACCCAGUGCUCCAUUUCCACAAGCAAAGUAGCCGAGAGCUGUAACAGCAGAAACAGCUGUUCCAUCAAAGUAAGGAACUCUGUGUUUGGAGACCCGUGUCCAGGCACCUACAAGUACCUGGACGUGGUCUACGACUGCGAGAUUAAGUACCUCAAAGACCCUUUUGAGCUGUUCAGGAGUCUUUCAAUCUCUGUGAGCAACAUUUCUGAGAGAGCAGACACCAGAAAACCUAAAAUCAUGUGUACAAAGCUACACGUGGACACAUCGAAGCUCGCCUAUUUUUCAGUAGAUGCGACUUGAUAUGAAACCCUUUGUGAAAAUCAUUUGGAUUUCUUUGCAGAUGUGAUGGAAGAAGAACAUCAAUCACAUCAAUAAAACAUCAUGUUUGUGCUUCAAAUGGAAUCGUUCUCCAAUCAGUAGUCAAUAGGUAGAUCAAUCCAAUGCAACACGUGGCCAAAGGUAUACGGACGCCUACAGGACCGUCAGGCUGUCGACAGAUGAUUGAAUGUUAAACUGAUUUAACGUCUCAUAAUUUUUCUUCUUUAUUACCAAAUAAAAUGAAUCAACCAGC